AUGACUAAUAGCAAGAGAUCCUCCUUCGUCCUCACCAACUUCAACUCCAUCUUUGCCCCUGCUCCCAACCCGAAGAUGGUCUCCGUCAGUACCGCCUCCAUUGGUCAUCCGCAUGCCCUCCAGCCUCUUCAGCCUCUCCAUCUCAACAUCCCUAUCUCGGCCUCCAACCACAAUUCCGACCAGAGCUCAAAGCCAAUACAGGACAAGCCAUAUCGCCUGUUCAACGCCCACACCCACAAACCCACCGUACCCCCUCGUCCUUCCUCCUCCUCUGACGUCACCUCCGACUCCGACUUCGUAAACAUCCCCCCUCCCGACCCCAACACACCUCACCGCUCCUACGACCACGCCUACGAGGCACGUUUCAGACUUGCUGCGAGACCUGCAAGGCUUGGGAUCUUCGGUGCAGGUCUCUGUGUUAGUGGCAAUGGCGGCGGCUUUGUGAAUGGAAAUGGGGGUAACGGAAAUGGGGGUAAGGGAAAUGGGGGUAACGGAAAUGGGGGUAACGGAAAUGGGAGUAACGGAAAUGCAAACGCGAAUGCGAAUGUGAAUGACAGGUCGAGAGCACAUCAAAGAAGGGCGCUAUCCAUGAAAGUCAAAGUCGAGACGCAGAAUCGGUCUUCUGGUGGUCCUGGGCAUGGGAGGAGGGGAAAAGUGGGCAAGGGAAAGGCGGGAAAGGUGGGGUUCAAGGUGCCUAGUCUGGUUAAGAAUCUGGUGCAGAGUCAUAGUAAUAAGACUACCACGACGACAACGACGACGACGAUAAUCCGCGACGCAAAAACCUUCGCGGAGCGUGAAGAUGCGCGUGCGCUGUUCAAUUAUAAGGCCAUGCCCAUGUCUAUGCCCAAGUCCGAGCCCGAGCCCACUCGCUCUGGUUGUCCAGAUCCCACAACAUCCGAGCCUAAGCCAACCUCCAUCCGCACCACAUCCACGUCCACAUCCUCCAGCAGUAGCGCACAACUCAUAUCCGCGCCAUCCAACUCCAACUCCUCAUCCAUCUUCGACAGCCCCGUCCUCAUCUCCAUCCCCCAUCCCAAUUCCAGCGCUCGCAUCCCUCCGAGUCGUCCCAGCGCUCACGCCCUCUGGGACUUAUCACCAUAUGCCUAUUGGGACUCGUCACGCUACACCCUCCGAGACGAACCCUGGAACGCACCCGAAUCUUUCCCAAGUCUCGCUCUGAAUCGUAAAACUGUAUGGACGCGUCAGAUCAAGGCAAAAUUUGGGGGCAAGAGUUUGAUGCCUUCGUGGGCUGCGAAGCUUGAAUCUGAACGUGCUCGAGAUGGAGAGGUAGAGGGAUGGGCACGGGGAGAGGGAUGGGGACAUGGAGAGGGAGAGGGGCAGGAAGAAGGAUAUGGACAUGGAGGCGUGCGCAUCCGUCAGCCGAGACCUGUUAGGGCUUGGGAGAAGGAGCUGCCUGUUUGGGUUGGUUGUUUUGAUGAGGGUGAUGAGGCCAGUAGGGCUAGAGACGAGAGAGAGGCAGAUGGGAGGGUGGCGUGGUGUUUGUCGCAAUGGCAGGGAGCCUGA